AUGGUUCAGAGCCCACUGAGUAGUCUUUUAUUAGUCUAUGGCUACAACAACGAGUACCUGCUGAAAAAACGUCAUCUACAAGCCCUCUUCGAACUGCCACCGAUGGAACACGAGACCGCAUCCAGCCUCCACUCCCUGGUCGACGAGUUCCAGAGGCACAUCAAGAUUCUGGACCAGCUCAAAGAACCAACCGCUUCUUGGAGCACCGUUCUCGAGCAUUUGCUGUGCACACGAUUGCACGUCGACACCAUCAAUCUCUGGGAGGACCACGCUUCGACGCUUUCCAAUCCGGACUUCCAGAGCCUGAUCGAGUUCUUGCAGCGCCGAAUGAGGGUUCUGGAAUCUAUUUCGGUAAACAACAACCAUUCUUCGUCCAAUGGGGCUACCAGCUCGCAUCAGUCGCCCCGCCCCGCGUCGAAGAAACGGAGCUCGCAGCGCCUUUCGUCGUACGCCUCCACCGCUAGUUCAGGACCUGCCGCGGAUUGUGCAGCGUGUGGACUCGCGCAUCCUCUCUACAAAUGCCACAAGUUUGGUCAGCUUUCUGUCCCUGAGCGUCAGCGGAUUGUGAGCAACAAACACCUCUGCUACAACUGUUUGGGGGCACACCAGGUGAGGAAUUGUUCGUCCAAGCGCUCCUGCAGGCACUGUCAGCAGCGGCAUCAUUCGCUCCUUCACGCGGGACAUGCUGAUAACUCGCCAAGAACCAACAGCGGUGCAACGGCACCCACACAAGCGAGCGGGCAGUUGGAAGUAUCCGCUUCGGUCGUCUCAACCAAGCAAGAGGUCGCUACGCCCACCGAGGUCGUUCCACAGGUCGAAGUCAGCGUUCCACUUCAGCAGCCCAAGGAAAACGUGUUCCUGCUUACUGUGCUGGUCAAGGUCGUCGAUUCGUUGGGAAUGGAACACGUGGCCCGCGCAUUGCUGGACAGCGCCUCCCAACCUAAUCUCAUCACCGACCGAUCGCAUGGCAAGAAUUCUGCGGCUCAAGCGAGCCCCUGCGAGCGUGGUGAUCCAAGGCGCAGGCCAGAUGUCAACACCAGUUCGGCAUUCCGUCUCCACCGAAGUGCGGUCGAGAAAGAGCGAUUUCUCCUGCGGGAUCAACUUUCUUGUCAUGGACAAACUGACUGCGGAGCUUCAAGCCACAACAUCUCAACGUCGGGUUGGAACAUUCCGGUGGAACUCUUCCUCGCCGAUCCGACCUUCAAUGAACGGCAGCCGAUCGACAUGGUUCUCGGAGCAAAGCAUUUUCACUCUUUCUUCCCUAGCGCAGCUCGCAUUCACCUCGACGGUUCACUUCCGAUUCUAGUAGACAGCGUCUUCGGCUGGAUUGUCACCGGUUCCGCCAGCCAAGCUUCGUCCACACCAACCGAAACCGCACACUCGUACUCGGUACUCGCGAUGAUGUCGCUGGAGGAGAGCAUGGAGCGAUUUUGGAAGACGGAGGAACUCACAAUCAACGACAAGCUUUCCGUCGAGGAGCGAGACUGCGAAUCCUUGUUCCAGUCGACAACAACGCGCACGCCGGAGGGUCGUUACGUGGUACGUUAUCCCCGCAAGCCAGGUUUCGAAAAUUUGCUGGGUGACUCGAAGAACGCAGCUCUGCGCCGUUUCCGACUGCUUGAGCGACGGCUCGAGCGGGACGCACGACUCAAGGGGGACUACCACAAAUUCAUGCGGGAAUAUGUCGAGCUGGGCCACAUGCAGCUGGUUGAACCUGAUGAGAAGGACAAGACACCAUCGUGCUACCUACCCCACCACCCCGUCUUUAAGGACUCCAGCACGACGACCAAGGUUCGGGUCGUCUUCGACGGUUCAGCAGCAACUUCUACGGGAUUUUCGCUCAACCAAGCACUCUGCGUCGGACCUGUGGUUCAAGAAGACCUUCUCUCGCUCCUGCUCCGCUUCCGGAACUACCCUGUAGCCCUCGUAGCGGACGCAGCCAAAAUGUACCGGCAGGUUCUCGUCCACCCAGAGGACAGAAGACUGCAGCGCAUCUUCUGGCGGUUCUCGCCAGACUCACCCAUCCAAACGUACGAACUACAGACCGUUACAUACGGCCUUGCACCUUCCGCGUACCUAGCCACCCGUUCCCUUCAGCAACACGCCCAGGACGAGGGUCACGAGUACCCGUUGGGCGGCCCAGCGCUCGAAAGCAACUUCUACGUAGAUGACUUCAUUGGUGGCGCUGAUACGGUCGAGGACGCCAUACGCUUGCGGAAGGAGCUUACGGAACUGCUGGCCAAGGGAGGGUUCGAGAUGCGGAAGUGGACAUCAAACCGUCUCGAGGUACUGCGAGGACUGAACCAAGACCAAAUCGGCACGCAGUCGAGUCUGCAGUUUGGUCCGAACGAGAUGGUAAAGGCGCUGGGGAUUGGAUGGGAGCCCGAGGCCGACGUUCUGCGAUUCGACUCGCAAAUCAACCAGAGCAAGGGACCUCCCACGAAGCAGUUCAUCCUCUCAACAAUCGCUCGACUCUACGAUCCUCUAGGUCACAUCGCACCCGUAGUUGUCACCGCUAAGAUCAUCAUGCAGGAAUGCUGGCAGCUGAAGUGUGACUGGAACGACCCGGUGCCGGACAACAUUCGGAUCAAGUGGGAGCAAUUCUUCAAGGAACUUCCAGAAAUCCGGUCCUACCGGAUCGACCGCUACGCACUCCAGCCUGACUCCACUUACCAACUGCACACAUUCUGCGACGCGUCUAAGGACGCUUACGGAGCUUGUUGCUACAUCCGCUGUGAAGACCGACACGGCAAUGUACGAGUCACGUUCUUAGCAUCAAAAUCUCGGGUCGCCCCGCUCAGAGGACUGAACGUCCCUCGCUUGGAAGCAAACGCUGCUGUGCUCGGAGUCCACCUUCACUUCCGGAUCAAACAGGCACUCAAGAUCAAAAUCUCGGACUCGUACUUCUGGACGGACUCAGCUGUCGUACUGCAGUGGAUCCAAGCAAACCCGAACACCUGGAAGACGUACGUAGCGAACCGUGUCGCUGAGAUCCAGUUCUACACGCGUGGCUGUCAUUGGAAUCACGUGCCGACCAAGGACAAUCCGGCGGACCUGGUGUCCCGCGGGAUGACGGUGCCGAACUUCUUGAACUGUGAGACCUGGAAGAAUGCAACAAGUUGGAUCUGCUCAAACCCACGAGACUGGCCGAGGACCAACCCACCAAGCGUUCCGGCGGACAUCAUGGAAGCUCGCAUAGUCGCCGCCGUGAAAGAGAAGCCGCCGCAAGUUCAUCCCUGGUUCCUGCGCUGGCACUCGUACAGACGGCUGGUCCAUUCGAUCGGAUUCGUCCUCCGAUUCAUCGACAACACCAGGCAGAAAGCGAGAACGACCAGAACGAGCGACACACCUGUGCGGCGUGCCCUAACUGUGGAGCAGUUUUCCAAAGCCAAAACGGUGCUAACUCGACUAGCACAGCAGGACUCCUUCAGCGCCGAACUGAAGGAACUCGAAAAGGGGAAGCCGGUGCCAAAACAGUCCAACAUCUACAAAAUGAGUCCAUUCGUCGAUUCAGAGAGAGUGUUGAGAGUGGGGGGUCGACUAAAGCUUUCCCAACUGCCCUUCCAAGCCAAACACCCAGCCUUACUCCCUGGUUCCCAUCCCUUCGCUCGCAUCCUCGCCGAAUUCUACCACCAAAAACUUUUCCACGGCGGCGGGCGCCUACUACUGACCGCCAUGCGCGAGGAAUUCUGGCCCAUCGGUGGUCGCAUUCUUGCCAGAAGCGUGGUGCGCAAUUGCUUCCGUUGCGUUAGACUGAAUCCUGAACUGAUUCAGCAGCAGAUCGGCCAACUUCCGGCUCAACGGAUCAUCCCUAGUCGCCCAUUUAGCGUCGUCGGCGUAGACUACGCAGGUCCACUGUACCUGAAGCCGAUACACAAACGUGCUGCACCGGCCAAGGCCUAUAUUUGCCUUUUUGUGUUCAUCGGGCGACGCGGAGUGCCGUCUCACAUUCACUCCGACAAUGGCAAGAACUUUGAAGGCGCCAAGAACGAACUUGCCCGGCUGUACACAAUGCUCAACCACGACGCCGAACAGGAGAAAAUCCACGAAUUCUGCACAGCCGAAGGGAUCACCUGGCAUCUCACUCCCCCAAAAGCGCCCCACUUCGGAGGAUUAUGGGAAUCCGCCGUAAAGGUCGCCAAGAAGCACCUGUUCCGGCAGCUUGGUCCGUCAAGAUUGUCGUUCGAGGACAUGUGCACUGUGCUCACACAAAUCGAAUCCCACAUGAACUCCCGACCACUUCUUCCACUGAGUGAAGAUCCGAACGACCUCGCCGCUCUAACGCCGGCCCAUUUCCUAAUCGGAACAUCGAUGCACGCCCUGCCCGACCCAGAUCUGCGCCACAUUCCAGUCAACCGCCUAGACCACUAUCAGCAACUCCAGCUCCACGCCCAACAAUUUUGGGCCCACUGGCGACGCGAAUACCUCCAGGAGCUGCUGAGCGGAAUGACGAAAUACAACCCGGUAGACUCGUGA